CAAACUAUUGUAGAUCCCCUAGGCGAGAAGCCAUUUCCCGUCUCUGUUAAGCGAGGGUUUAGCAAAACCCCAAAUAUGGCUUCCAGGUUCAUCUCCCUCCUCGCCACUCCAUUUCCCACAUUCCUCAAUCACCUACGACGCCACUCUUUCCUCCACCUUCGUCGUUUGGCAUGCGGUUCUCGCCGCUUCACAGUCUACAGUCACCCCCAUAUAUCCCCUCUUUCACCCUCUCAACAACAAUUCCAUGCCCAGCCCAUCAAUAAUCACACCCUACUCGACUCUUCUUCUUCUUUCACCUCCCACCCUUGGCCUGAAUGGCCUAGCUUAAUUACUCUUCUUACUGGCAAUGACCAGCUACCUCCUGCAGUGGAGGACUUCUUCGUCGCAUACGAGGACUUGUCCCAAGACUUCCUUCGUGCUGCUACCCUCUGCUUAGAUUUUGCACGGGAGCGCCCAAAUUUCAUAGGGUUGCUUUCAAGGAGGGAUAUUGAGGCCGUUGUAUCAAAUGGGACACCAUUUUUGUUCAAAGGUGCUCUGGAGACGGCAAGAAGAAUGAGGGCAUUCUUGGGUAUUGACGGGAGCACUGUGCUGGAUCAUGACAACACUAACACAGUUGAUCUCAUGAAAUACAUAUUAAGUUACGCGAGUAAACCCACUGUUUCUUCAGAAAAAAACUCCCUCUAUAGCAGGGAACUUAUAGAAUCAUCUUGCCGGAAUCUUUUGCGUGAGUUGGUUGAAGUGAGCUUCGGAGCUCCAGCAGUGAACCUGCCUCCUGCAGAGCAAUAUGAUUUUUCAGGUAGAUAUGGACAAACAUCAAGGCCUAUUAGACAAAAUAUUGUAAUGAAGAGAGGCGACUGGAUAUGCCAAAAGUGCAAUUUCAUGAACUUUGCAAGAAACAACAAAUGCCUUGAAUGUGAGGAACCUAGACCAAGGAGACAGCUGACAGGCGGGGAGUGGGAAUGCCCUCAAUGUUAUUUCUUCAAUUAUGGGAGAAAUGUUGUCUGCCUGAGAUGCAACUUCGGACGACCAGCUGGGGCUUCACCUAGAACUACCCACUCCAGUGCAGAGGAUGGGUACAAUGGGAACUCUGCGUAUCCAAAUGGAAUUGAUCUUAAGUUGGCUGAGAAUGAGGAGAAGGCACAGCAGUGGUUUUCUAAGAUUUCUCAGAUGAACAAUGCCUCUGAUAUGGAUGGUGCAGCAGCUGACGAAGACUUUCCUGAAAUAAUGCCGCCAAGGAAAGGAGAAAAUAAGUUUGUUGUGAGCACAAGGAAAACACCCUUGGAAAGGAGGUUGGCCAACACUCAAUACGAAAGAAACUUUGGUUACAAUGGUAUCCCAGAAGGUAACACUUUGACUGGUGGUGCACAUAGUAUCCUUGACACAUCAAUGAAGCAGAAUAUUGAUCAAAUAUCUGGAAAAAGUCAUAAGGGCAUUGCUGCAGACAAAAAUAGUGAGUCAGCCAUUCACCAUAGUGGAAGAGGUUCUAACUAUGUUCCUUUUGUGCCAUUACCAAAAGACAUGUUUCAGAAAAAUAAUCCAACUUCAGUGAUGGAUGAGAAAGUAAAGGAAGAAGUUGGUGUCUCUCACACUCCUGAGGUUAGUCACCAAACAUGUUCAGCAAGUCUUGGAAAUGACUUUGGGAAGUCCAUGGAGAAGUUGCAGUCAAAUGACCCACUCAGUGAGGAUAAAGAGAGAGAUCAAGCUGAGAAGUCAGAAAGUUGGUUCAAGAAAAUCGCGGAGCUGCAUGAUGUCAAAGACUUACUGAGUUCCAUCUCCGAUGAUGACUUCCCAGAGAUUAUGCCAAUGCGUAAAGGAGAAAAUAGAUUUGUAGUUAGCAAGAAGAAAGACCGGUCUUUGACUUCUCCAAUGUACAAAAGACACGUGGCCAUGGAGCAAGCAAACAACAGUAGCUUUGUCCCAUUUGUUCCCUUCCCUCCAGGCUACUUUGCGAAAAUGGACACACAACAGGAACAUAUCACAGAUUCGUCCUCUCUGUCUAGGGUUGGAACUUCAUCUACAUUCAGCAACUCAGAUCACAAGGGAUCACCCAUGAAUCCUCUUUCCAAAACCUAUUGUGAGAAGGAAGAUGUAGAGAAGACACAUCAACAGUCAGAUGAUCCUGGGUUUUUGUUCAGAGAUACUAUCACUGCACAGACUCCUGUUGAUCAAUUUACAAAUUCAAGGUUUGCAAGUCCAAAUUUCUCCAGGGAUGAGGGGGUCCCUUGUGUUGGAAAUUCAGUUGAAACCUCUCUUGCUUUAGAUGCUUGCAACACUGAUAGUAAAGACAGAAGAAACUCCAUGAACGAGGAUGUAUCCCCAGCCGAGACUUUGGGAGUAGGUUCAACCAAGCUGCCUAGAAACCAGAACGUCAGAAAUGGAUGGACAGGAAAGAGUUUGGAGGGGUCUGCUGUGAAGGAAACAGAUCCGUUAGACAUGUCUGAAGAAGCCAAAGCUGAGAGGUGGUUCCAGCGUGUUGCUCAGAUAAAAGACAUAUCUGAAUUGAGUCAAAUCCCAGAUGAAGACUUCCCAUCUAUUAUGCCAAUGCGCAAGGGAGUUAACAGAUUUGUGGUGAGUAAGCGGAAAACUCCUCUUGAGAGAAGGUUGACAUCUACUCAGUACCGGAGAAAUCUUCCCGUUGUGACUUCUGAUCCCAUGAAAAGAGAAAGGGACAAUAGUGAUAAAUGAACCUACACAGAUACGGUGCCCAAGUUUUUGCAUGCCAGAUUUUUUCAAAGCAUUCAAGCUAAGGGCUCAUUGGUAGUUGGAUAAAAAACAAGUUAUUCAUGUAUUAAUUUUUGUAUAACUUAUACCAUGCCUACUAGGUAGAUAGGAAAUAAGUUAUUUAUGUAUAAAAUUAAUACAAUGUUUGAUUGACAAUUUAGAAAUCUACAUAACUAAUACAUGUAUAAGUUACAAGGCAUUGUAUUAUUUUAUGCAAGAUCAAAGGUGGAAU